AAAAGGAACAAAUAAAUAAAUUACAAGUUUGAUCAUGGCUAUUUUACUCUAUUCAGCUGCAAAAUGAGAAUCACAUGCGUUAUCCUGCAGCUUAUAUCCAUACUAUGCAGUUUAGGGAUGGUUACCUCGCUUCUGGAGGAAAGCAGAAGCUCUUCAGAAAAAGCUUUCCUCCGGGGAACAAGAGAACUGAAUGCUCCAUCUCCAAUAGAUUGUGAACUGAGCAGCUGGAGCUCUUGGGGGUCCUGCGACCCAUGCACUUAUCAAAGGUUUCGAUCUAGACGUGUUGAACGAUUCGGACAAUUUGGUGGAAAACCGUGCCUGGAGGCCCUGGGAGACACACAGACCUGUGAAACCAGCGAAACCUGUCCUGCAGAACCAGAAACAGACUGUGGUACUGACUUUCAGUGUAAUUCUGGUCUGUGUAUAAAGCAACGACUUGUGUGCAAUGUAGACGAUGACUGUGGAGACAAUUCUGAUGAAGAUCACUGUGACUCUAACCGACGAUCACCGUGCCGUAAGGACGACAUUGAUGUGUCUGAAGUUGGUAGGACUGCAGGGCAAGGAAGCAAUGUUUUAGGGAUGCUGCCAAUGGCCAACCCAUUUAACAAUGAGUUUUUUAAUGGUCUUUGUGAAAGAGUGCGUGAUGGAAACACACGGACAUACUACCGCAAGCCAUGGAACGUGGCUGCUCUCAAUUACGAUACAAAAGCAGACAAAACCUUCACAUCACUAUACUACCAUGACCGUGCAAAAAUGUUUCAAGAGAUCUACGUGGAAAGCCAGAACCACUUUAGUGCUGACCUGUCUCUGAAAUACACACCUACUGAUGGAAUCAAAGAUGGUAUAAAAGUAAAUGGCAAGUUUUACUAUGGAAAGAAUAAAACCUUAAGUUCCAUCCUCUAUGGCUUCACUGAAAGGAACCAAACCUUUCUGCAUAUAAAAGGAAAGAUUCAGCUGGGAAGAUUCCAAAUUCGGAGUCGUGAUGUCCGUCUCUCGGAUAGUUUCCUAAAUGAUUUAAAGUCUCUGCCUGCUGAAUAUGAUAAGGGGGAGUAUUUCAAGUUGCUAGAAAUUUAUGGAACUCACUAUGCGGUCUCUGGAACUGUAGGAGGAAAGUAUGAACUUGUGUACGUGCUGGACAAUUACGCUAUGUCUCAAAUAGGUGUCACUGUAGAAGAUGUGAAAAAAUGCCUUGGCUAUCACUUAGAUGCUGGUGUUGCAUAUCAUAACUUUGAUGGAGAUUUUAAUAUUGAUGGUAAAAAUUGUCAAAAGAUUAAUGUGAGCAAAGGAUCUGAAUAUACUGAUGAUGCAGUCAUUGAUGAUGUCUUUUCCUUAGUUGAGGGGGGAAAGAUUGACUUUUCAGUUAAAAUAGAAGAAAUGUUACUACGAGGAUCCAAAAUGGUUAAUGUAGAGGAUUACGUAGAGUGGGCGAAAUCUUUGGUUGAUGCUCCAGUAGUGAUACAGCAACGGCCUUCUCCAAUACAUACACUUGUUCCAGUUAAGAUGAGAGAUGCAUAUUUAAAGAAACAAAAUUUGGAAAGAGCAAUUGAAGACUACAUUACCGAAUACAGUGUGUGCAAAUGUGAACCCUGCAAAAAUGGAGGCACCGUUGUGCUGGUAGAUGGAGCCUGUACAUGCCUGUGCUCAAGCUAUUUUAAGGGAAUUGCUUGUCAAAUUCCCAAAUCUACAUUAAUUGAAGUUAUCAUUGAUGGAGGCUGGAACUGUUGGAGUGCCUGGUCCCCCUGCGUCAAUGGAGAAAGCACUCGAACUCGCCAGUGUAAUAAUCCUGAACCAGGACCUGGUGGCAAACCAUGCCAGGGAGAAAGCAUUGAAAAACGGCCCUGUGAAGAAAAUAAAUAGCUGUGCUCCUCAAAAACAG